UGAACUUUGAAUACGAGAAACCGUCUAACACCAUCUGGAGUGUGAAAACUGAUAUAACUGAUACAUACAUACGUAUAUUUGUACGUUCUGUUAUUGUGACAAAGGACACGUGAAUUCUCUCUCUCUCUCUCUCUCUCUCUCUCUCUCUCUCUCUCUCUUUCUCCUGCCAGAAAUUCCUCUCCGAUUUAUCGUGCAUCACGGUGCGGCGGCGCGUCUGUUUAUCCAGUGAGAUUACACGAUCCUGUCGAGGACCGGCCAAGCCUAGUAUUACUGGUUGGUGCUCGCAUUACCAAUCGGCAGCGAAUUACCGCUUGCAAACGCUCUGGCAUACACGAGCGAUUAGAGUUAAAAGAGACUUGCGAUUAGUCUUCGACGUUUCGUUAUUAGUGGAGCAGCGACUUUUUUCACGCUAUGAAAGUCAGAAACGCUAUAAGAGCUAGAGCGAUCGGAGCUUGGAAAUUUAUGAGAGUGUGUAAACAGGCUUAAGUACGAAUCGCGAAGGUGGGACACCGUAGGCAGAGGAUGCAACUGAAGAUUCGCGAAAAGAUUCGCAGCGAUAUAGCACGUACUUACGUUCGAUCAACAAAAACGAAAAACGCUAUAGCGGCGCGUAGUAAAAGAACGAGAGGCGAGGGAAAGGAGAGAGAGAGAGAGAGAAGAGAAAGGAGAAUUUUUCUCUUUUGAGAUCGAAGAUGCGGAGGAGAUGGAAACGGAGAAGAACAAGAAGCCGGCUGAGAUGUACAGAUACAUUCGUACACACGGAUUCAGGUGGAGGACGAAGGAAGAGAACGAGGGGGAGAGGGAGAGAGAGAGCCGAAAACGAGGAGUGUCGGCGAUAAUCUUCAUUGGAAUAUUCAGCCACUUGACUAGCAAUGUGUACUUUCUGAUUAUCUUGCUUCUGGGUGAGAUUAUGUUCGGAUUGGACACUCUUGGAGAAUGGGAGGACCUAAUUUUGUACAAGAACGAGAACAAAGCGGUCGUCGAACGAUCCGUUUGGAGCGAUAAACUGUGCCCAGGUGGCUCGGGCGAAUCCUCCUUAAUGAGACUCACCGACAUCCGACACGUAGGAGUCUCCACCACGAUGGGUCUAUUUAUCCUCCAAAGGAACGGGAAGAUAAUCGCUCUCAACAUGAAAGGAUUGACGAGAAAGGAGGUGCAAGACUUGAGGAAAGAAAUCAGCCACUUCCUAAACAUGAGCCGACUCAAGUAUCUCGAUCAUUCUCUGGUCGAUCCUUCGGACCGAUUGUUACUUCCUUCCGAUUCCGAGGAAUACUUGCAACACUUGCCGAGAUCGUGUCUGUCCAUGUCCAACGAGUUUACCGCCUCGGACAAUGUUUUGGGCGGUACUUUAGGCAGGACGUGCUGUCAGGUGCAGGAGAACUUGAGUUAUCCGAGCUUGAUGCAUGGAACGCAGCUCAACAGUUAUCAAGUGGCGAACUUGAGAAGGAGUCCUUAUACGGAAAAUUCAACGCGUUUCAAUUACGUCAAGCAUACCAGGAACACUUCCGCAAUUUCCACAUCUCGCGAUUUACCUAAGCCUCGUAAAGAAUGUAUUUAAUCGAACGCUAUCCGUCUACGUUGUGCGUACCCUCGAGAUCACUGACGUUGUAACUGAUUCACGAGUAGAAAUAAAUUUGUGUAGCUGAGC